UUUAUCAUAAAAGCCCCCAUAUUUACAUAAAAAAACCGGUUAUGCCUAAAAUCGAUUUUUUUUGCCACAGAUGUCGUGUUUUUUACCGGUUCCCCUUUACCAACCGGUUACAUCUACCCUUUUAACCCCUAAACAUAAUCGUUUUCUGUUAACAUCGAUCCAAAGUCUUUCCCUCCCAUGUCUUCUAUUCUCUCCCUCGUCUUCUACCCUAAGUAUCUGUAAAAUGUCGACUUCGUCUGCCAAAUCAAGCUUCCAAGGUGGUCCAACAUUAAGAAAGAAAAGAGUAGUUAGAUGUGGCUGUGGAGAUGUGUGCAAGGUAUCUGUUGCUCGAACACCUGAGAAUUAUGGAAAGAAGUUUUACGGGUGCCCUAAUUACAAGGUGGAAGAAGAGGACUGUGGUUUUUUCAAAUGGUACAAUGAAGAAGAUGGCCACAUUAUCGACCCAACUCACACAAAGCAGAUGCAGGGGCAGGGGCAUGGACAAUUGAAGACUUUGGUAGAAAUAAUUAUAGGUCUUUUGGUUCUUAUUUUUGUAAUGGUGACAAUAGUUGUUUUGAAGAGGUAAAUCAUUUUGGAUUGGCUUUUGGUAGAAUGUUUGGGUCGACUUGGCUUUUGGUAGAAUGUUUGGAUUGAUUU